AUGGAAAAUCCUCAACAUCUCCCAACUUCUGUGGCUGUACAUGAACAUUUUGAGAAAGAUCAAGAGCCUGUCAUAGAGAGGAGUGAACAUGAUGAGAGUUCAGAGAAUUUAACAUCUACAAAGUAUAUUGAUCCAUCACGAGUUGAGGACUCUUCAAAUCUCCAAGACCUAGCUGUGCUGGAGGUUGAGUUGACUGUAAGUGAACCUUCUGCUCUUACUGUAUCUUUGCAUUCUUGUUGGCCUUUUGCCAAUGGUGAUUGGUACAGUUUUUGUGUCAAUCAUAAACUCCUCUUAGAGGAUCUGUCCUUGAGUGCUCUAACUGCUGCUGUUUCUAUUUCAGUGGUCCUCCUACGGAGUGUUUUGUCUACCAUGCUCGAGCCACAGAAGCCCGACUGCCAUCCUCUGAUCAUGGGGAAGGAAGAAAGGUUAUGUGUGUUGAGCUGGUGGCUAAUCGCUUCUUACGCAAGAAUCGAGAACCAUGCAGAGCACGGGGGUACUUUGAACGAGCACCAGCUUAACAGAUUGCAUUCAAUUCUUAAGCCUUUUAUGCUGCGAAGAGUUAAAACAGAUGUAAUUUCUGAGCUGACCAGGAAAACUGAGGUUACAGUGCAUUGCAAGUUGAGUUCUCGCCAGCAAGCUUUUUAUCAGGCUAUUAAGAACAAGAUAUCUCUUGCCGAGUUGUUUGAGGGCAAUCGUGGGCAUCUUAAUGAGAAGAAAAUACUAAAUUUAAUGAAUAUUGUCAUUCAGCUGAGAAAGGUGUGUAAUCAUCCAGAGUUGUUUGAAAGGAAUGAGGGAAGAACAUACCUCCACUUUGGGGAGAUCCCAAAUUCUCUUCUGCCCCCUCCCUUUGGGGAGUUGGAGGACGUGCACUAUGCAGGAGUGACAGAUUGUAUAAGUCAAGUUUUAGGACUUCAUAUUCUGGGUUGGUUGGGCCGGCUUGCUUUCCCUCCUCCUCGAUGUUUAUUAGUUCUUCCACCUCGGCCUCUCUCUUGUGGUGUUUUCCCUAAUUUUGAUUCCAUAUUUGUUCCUCGAGAUAAAGAUGUGUCUAAUUGUGAAGGCUCUGCUGACCUGCAUCAUAGUCCUUCAAUUGUUGAAUUUGAUGAGACGUCAUCACAAAUAUCUUGUCGUGACGCUCAGUCUUCGAGUGAAUUGUCAAUCCCCAAGAGUCCUCCUGCUUUGCUAAAAGGUAGCGUAACAACUUUAAACGUGGAUGUGCUUGAGCAGACAGUGUUGCAUGUUCAAAAUCAGCUUCUUACCCGUCUUGAAUCAAUGAAUCCGCUUCAACACGAGUCCAUGACACAGGGUGAAAUUCAUCAUGUUGUAAAUCCAGAUCCAUACCAUGGAGUUUUUGGUUCCGAUGCCAAUCGUUAUGCCAAAGAUUUGCAAGAUCACAUUGAUUUUGGUACUUCAGGAAAAGUUGCAGGAUUUAUAGCUGAAACAAUUCAGGGAGCUGGAGGAGCAGUUGAAUUGGCGCCUGGAUACUUGAAACUGGUUUAUGACAUUGUACGCAAGGCUGGUGGUGUCUGCAUUGUAGAUGAAGUGCAAACUGGCUUUGGUCGAACAGGAAGCAAUUACUGGGGCUUUGAAACACAGGGCGUCAUUCCUGAUAUAUUUACUAUGGCAAAGGGUAUUGGCAAUGGUUUACCAUUGGGAGCAGUUGUGACAACCCCAGAGAUUGCGAGUGUAUUGGCCCAGAAAAUUCAAUUUAAUACUUUUGGAGGAAACCCUGUAUGUUCGGCUGGGGGGCUAGCAGUGCUGAGAGUUAUUGACCAGGAGAAGCGUCAAGCUCAUUGCGCUGAUGUUGGUUCUCACUUGCUCAAGCGUUUGAGAGCUCUUCAGCAAACACAUGAAAGUAAUUACUCUUGAAUUUAACAUUUGUAAAAAAAUCAUCACACUUUUGUCUGUAUACGGGUAUCUAUUGUAAUUUAAUAGAUAAUAUUGGCCUUGCCCUUUUAGAGCACUUCCUCUAAGUCUCCAAAUUA